CUGCACUCUGUUAUGUACUUGGCUGUGCUCUCUGUCCCAAAGGUGUCUAUGUUCUGGUGGUAUUAGGUAUGAAUAGAUUGUCAAGUUCCUUGGGAUCUUCCUUGCUGAAAGGAAUGAUGGAAACUUGAUCUUUUUUUGAAGCUGCAUGGCAAAAGGCUAAUGGCAUGUGCCAACUUGUGGCUAGAAGGCAGUAAUUUGAGGACAGCAAAUACUCAUCUAUGUAAUACCUGUAUAUAUGAUACAGAAAUAGUAUUAUUCAUGCACAGUACGUGCAUUUAUGUAUAGCUACCGAACUAAUCUCGUGUAGACAGCUCCAGCAACAUAUCAGAGUAGACUUCCAGGGUCCCUCAGGUUCAGGAUUCUGCCUGUGAAGGGGUCAAUGCCAGAUGUUUCUUUUGAGUUAAUAAGUCUUGGUCCACGAUCAAAACCAAGUCAGUGCUCCCUAAGAGAGGUCCCCAGACUAUUAAAAAGUGUACGUGCUGUCUGCCCAUCUACACGUGUGAUCUCAGAGCACUGAGCACUUCCAGUCCCUUCUGUAAUGAGACAAUUCCUGUUUACACUCCUGCUGAAGACCCCUGGAUUACACAAUAAGAGCGUUUGACCACAGGGAUGAAUUAUAUACAUCAUUUGGGGGAAAAGAAAAACCAGUCUGCUUAGAAGAGAUUUUGUUUUUAAGGUUUGCCAUCCCUAAGAGUUUUGGGAAGUGACUUAGUGCAUACUGAGCAGUGAGUGAAAGCAAUCAGUAAAACUGUGUUAUUGUCAUUAUGACUCUGGGAGGUGUCUUUUAGUAGCAAAAACCAAAAAGGGAGACCAUGGCCAAAGCAGUUUUACUGAAAAAACCUGAAUACUCUAAGCAUUUAUGAUACUCCCAACAAUAAUUCCCAGCAAGACAUGAUGGCUUAACCAUCACAUCAGUUUGCAUCUCUCUUGGUCAAAACAGCCUUCAGUCUUUUCCUUUUUUCCAGUGCAAUUCAGUUAAUUAUUCCCAGUUCCCUCAACAAGUCUGAGCUCCCACUGGCUCCUGGAGCAAUAGUAGCUCAUUGUUGCAAAUGAGCUUAAUCCAAUAUUAGAAGUCUUUAUUGUCCCUAAUAGAAAAUGGCAUGAAUAGUAAAGGAAAAAAUGUGAGAUGUUUCCUGUAAGGUUUUAACAACUCUCCUGGGUGUAUGAUUACAACAUAUGCUGGGGAAUAGUUUUGAGCAGGGUGGCGGUGGGGAGAAGGAGCUCUGGCAGCGUUUUACACCCCCAUCUGUAAGCCUCAUUACAGCGAGCAGCUUGAGAGGAAGGGAAGGAUGGGAGACAGCUCUUCUUGAUCUGAACAUGCCACUGCUUUUCAGCCCCUUGGGCUUCUGAUUUGUCAUAGUUUGUCUUUGGGGGGCUUAAAUGAGAGGUAAAGCAAAACUGAAUGAGGGCCAAUACGGAAUUUGUGGGCCCUUCGAUUGGCCUCCUGUCAUCAGUGUUGGAAAAAGCGUUUUAGUUCCAGGUGUCUUAGUUCUCUUCAGACAGGAUUAUGUUGACACAACGUCUCAGGCAUUUUGGAAGGGGUAGGAUUAUCAGUGUGGGACCCAGGAGUGCAGAACAUGUCAGUGCUGCGACCUUUCUAGAGACAACAAAUUAGAUUAUCAAAACUCAGCAAGCCACUGGGAAGUUCUGGACUGUAUUUUAAAUAAGGACAACGUUCAGGGUGAUCUUGUAGCCCUGUCUUUGGAUAGACCUAUAUUGUGGCUUUGUCACCAGUCCUGUCACUGGCCCCAUCUCUUGCUGGUAGGGUAGACUCCCUGGAUGGAGCUACUGGUAACCAAGUAAUCUAGUAGUAGUAGUAGUCGUCUAGGUUGACCUCAUUCAUGCUUCCUGCUGCUCCCCAAGUAUGACAUCUGUGAUGAAACUGAACUGUGGUGUUCUUACUGUGCACUCAGACGCUUUUUAUUUGUUGCAGGGCUACAGUUGUUUGACGUUUUCUUCUCUUGUAAAAGUACAGCUUUUCCUCCUGCUGCUCCCCAGAGUUCCGACAUCAUCGUGUGUGAUUCUCUCAGCCAGUGUGGGCAGAAUAUGUCACUUCCAGGAGGACCAGCCACUUACAGUGGUGUACUAGGAUUUUGAUUGUCUCACCUUUCUAUAGGGACAUCUGUUUCUCCAUACAAAGCAAAUCUGAUGUCAGUUGUUUCCAAGGUGACCUCACAAGUGACCCUUGUCCAUUCUUCAUUCCAUGUACCGAUGGCCUUCCUUGCUUGCCAUUUAGCGGGGUCCUGGACUGAGCAGCCUACAAAGGCCGAAUGCCUCUCUCACCUCUCGACAAGAGCAUCUUCAAACAUAAGCUGGACAGACAUCAACUGUCACUGUUUCAGAUGCAAGACUUGGUCUCUCUGGGAUGGGUGAUGGGGCGUUUUUCAUUCACUCCCCAUUUGUUGCUGUAAAAUAGAAAUUGUAAAUAAUAUUUCCCAGAACAUCAUUGGAAAACCCAGUAUAUUUUAUCUUUAAUAAUCAGUUGCCAUGGGUUUGAUUUGUCCAGAAGGACACAGAAAUGCUAAAUCCUGGGAAACUCAGUUGUUCUGAGUUGUAGUUAGACCACUUUUGCUUACCAAACUUAUCAAACCCUCCAACCUGAUUUACCCGUGGGUUGACAGCAAAAAGUCACUUGCUGUGUGUAACAUGAGGUAGCACGUGCAUCAGACAAGCAGGAUCAUACAAAUGCCACCUAGAUAACACAUGCAAAUUAAUUUUAUUUUCAGUAUAAAUUUGCUUGGUGCAAGAAAAUGUAAAAUCUCUCUGCUGCAGCAUUCCUGUAACAUAAAAGUAGUAAUAUUUAUUUGCUUACUUUAGUGAACAUGCGUGCUCACCAGUGCCUGCAAGACUGCACCCAGUUACCUUCGAGAAUGGUGCACAGCCACAGGGAUGGGAAGUUUUCUCCUGAACAUGGGAGGUCUGAGGUCAAAAUGAGAAAAAAAUCUUUAUGUAAAUAUCCAAGGAUCCUGCUGCUAUAACACUUGAAAGACUGAGCUACUGUUUCCUGGGGCUUUCCUGUCUGUGUCCCCAAGGGUGUUGUGUGAUCAACAGACUGACAGAUUUCAAACUCAAGCAGUGAAAAUGUGUGACCAAGAAUUUCACUGGUCUUCAAACUAACCUUUUUUACAGGUCACGGUUUAACUUGCAAUUUCCUUGAUGUAGUAGCUUUAAGAUUUUCUUUGGGCAGAUUUUCUUUGGCUGCUCUAGAUGGAUUUCUCAAUCCACUCUGUGUCUUCUGAUGGAAAGUGCUGGAUUGAGACUGACUGAUGGAAAAUGCUGGAUUGAGACUCAUUCCUUUGCAGACAAGAAACCGCGAAGUCUACCUUCCUUUCAUGCCGUCACUUCUGCACCGCAUCCUCCCUUUCGACAAGCCUGGGUGGGGGGGCAAUAAGAACAUCAGCCUCUAAGGGCUAGUACCUUUGCCCAAUCCCUCUCCAAAAUAGGAUGUGAUAGCUCCUCUUUGGAGUUGGAAGACGAUUCAAUAAUUCUACCCCAAGUGUGAGUGGUGAAACUGUCUUUUGGGAGUUUAAAGAGCCUUUUCUGAAAUCCUAGUGAAAUCCAGAUGUCUCAUAGCGUUUGUGAUCUUGUGAGCAGUUUUAGAAGGAAAAUCUGUGAGGGAUAGGGCUGUGAAUCAUCCGUCUAUCCUGUGUCCAUGAAGAUGAAAUAAAAACCCCAAUCCAAAAAGAAUCCAUUUAAUUCUGGAAUUUUCUGACCUAUUUUGGUGCAAGCUGGUCUAAAAAAAAAUUAAAUUACUCUCCUGAUGAGUUUCUCAUAUUGUUUACUUUUGUAACGUUCUCUGUGGACUGGCAGCCAGAAAUGACGUCCACCCCUCGUCCAGCAUCAGAGAAUAAGAACUUCAGAGGAAGGAAUGCAACUUCAUAAAUAGCAAACCACAGACACUAAUGGGGAGCAGAGGCAAACCGGCAGGUUAAAAAUUCGUUGCAAGAGAAGCCCAUACAUCCACACUGCCUGGAGAUUCAAAGAUGAUUUCAGCUCUAGCCUUUGUUUUUCUCCUCUGCCUCUCUUGUCCUUUUUCAUCAUGUCAGCAGAGAAGAGCAGGAGGUGAAGUUGGGCCAGAAAUGCUGGAAGAGAUGAGAGAAACUAACCGUGUGCUAAUGGAAGUUCGAGACUUGUUGAAACAGCAGAUUAAGGAGAUAACAUUCCUGAAGAAUACAGUCAUGGAGUGCGAUGCCUGUGGCAUGCACACCGAGGCGACAGGCCCUGUCAUCACCGUGACACAGUUCAACAGAUGCCUCCCAAACUCCUGCUUCCCUGGAGUGGCCUGCACUGAGACCGGCACUGGCUUCCGCUGUGGACCCUGUCCCCCAGGAUAUUCAGGCAAUGGGUCCCACUGCACAGAUAUCAAUGAGUGCAACGCAAACCCCUGCUUCCCGAAGGUCCAGUGCAUUAACACCUCCCCUGGCUUCCGCUGUGAUCCCUGCCCUCCCGGCUUCACUGGACAAAUGGUCGAAGGAGUUGGACUGGCUUAUGCCAGGGCCAACAAACAGGUUUGUACUGACAUCAAUGAAUGUGAGACGGGUGCUGCCAGAAAUUGUGUCCCAAACUCCAUCUGCAUCAAUACACGGGGAUCCUACAAGUGCGGGGCUUGUAAACCUGGCUUUGUUGGGGAUCAAGUCACCGGCUGCAGGAGCCAGACAGUGAGACGAUGCCCUAAUGGUGAAAUUAGUCCAUGCCAUGAGAAAGCACAGUGCAUCGUGGAGCGCGACGGGUCCCUCUCCUGCGUGUGCCUCGUGGGGUGGGCAGGGAACGGCUAUGUCUGCGGGAAGGAUACGGACAUUGAUGGAGUCCCUGAUGAGAAGCAACGCUGCUCUGACAAAAAAUGCCGCAAGGAUAACUGCGUGACUGUCCCCAACUCUGGCCAGGAGGAUGCAGACAGGGAUGGAAUUGGAGACGCCUGUGACGAUGACGCUGACGGAGAUGGGAUUUUAAAUGCUGAGGACAACUGCGUGUACACGCGCAACGCAGACCAGCGCAAUGUAGACAAGGACAACUUUGGUGAUGCCUGUGACAACUGUCGCCAAGUGAAGAACAACGAUCAGCGGGACAUUGAUGGCGAUGGGAAGGGCGACGAGUGUGAUGAUGACAUGGAUGGAGAUGGGAUCAAAAAUCCCAUGGACAACUGUAUACGAGUUCCUAACCCUGAUCAAAAAGACGGUGAUGGUGAUGGAGUAGGAGAUGUGUGUGACAGCUGCCCAACACUCAGUAACCCAGACCAGAAAGAUACCGAUCACGAUCUAGUGGGAGAUGUCUGUGACACCAACCAGGACAGUGAUGGGGAUGGCCACCAAGAUUCACGGGACAACUGCCCAUCAGUGCCCAACAGCUCCCAGGUGGACACAGACAACGACGGGCUGGGAGAUGAAUGUGAUGAUGAUGACGAUGAUGAUGGGAUUCCAGAUGAGAAACCUCCAGGCCCCGACAACUGUCGGCUUGUCCCUAACCCUGGCCAAGAAGACUCUGACGGUGAUGGUGUGGGAAACCUUUGUGAAGACGACUUUGACAGAGACAUGGUGAUCGACAGAAUCGACGUGUGCCCAGAGAACGCAGAAGUGACACUGACAGACUUCAGGGCUUUCCAGACAGUUGUGUUGGACCCCGAGGGUGACGCACAGAUCGAUCCCAACUGGAUUGUCCUCAACCAGGGCAUGGAAAUUGUCCAGACCAUGAACAGCGACCCUGGCCUGGCUGUAGGUUACACGGCGUUCAACGGAGUGGACUUUGAGGGCACGUUCCAUGUCAACACUGCCACAGAUGACGAUUAUGCUGGCUUCAUAUUUGGCUACCAGGACAGUUCCAGCUUUUACGUGGUCAUGUGGAAGCAGAUGGAGCAGACCUACUGGCAGGCAAACCCCUUCCGAGCAGUGGCAGAACCUGGAAUUCAGCUGAAGGCAGUGAAGUCUAAAACAGGCCCGGGUGAGUAUCUUCGCAACUCUCUCUGGCACACCGGAGACACCACAGACCAGGUCAAGCUGCUGUGGAAAGACCCUCGCAAUUCUGGCUGGAAGGACAAGACCUCUUACCGCUGGUUCCUGCAGCACCGGCCCCAGGUGGGAUACAUCAGAGCUCGCUUCUAUGAAGGCCCUGAAGUCGUGGCAGACACUGGAGUUGUCCUUGAUACAACCAUGCGGGGAGGGCGCCUGGGAGUCUUCUGCUUCUCCCAGGAGAACAUUAUUUGGUCAAACCUGCGCUAUCGCUGCAACGACACCAUUCCUGAAGACUACGAAACGUUUCGAGUUCAACAGGACUAACCUCCGAUUUAAACGUCUGGCCAGCAAAACUUGCUUUUAAAAAAAAAAACCAAACCCCCGACGUGCUCAGCUGCCCGGCUCUUGCCCCUGGUUGUGCUGCGUAAAGAACUGUGAGCGAGGCACCACCGCGCGCGGCGCAGCACCAGGCCUCCGCGCAUUACCUGGCAUCUUCUCUACAACGGCAACUUCCCUUAAAUGCUACGAAAACCUAUCGGAACGGCAGAGGUGUAGACAGCAAGCGUGAACAGAAGCCCGAGCUGCUGCGGACACUUCGUUCUCUGCGCUACCUGGUAGAAGAUGUGCUGAGAAGUGGCCUGCAGUAGCUGGAAUUGUUUGAGUAAGUUUAGCACGGACCAUUCCCAGGAAUCUUUCCCCUACGCCAAGGCUCUCAAGCGUGAGCGUUCUCCUUUUCAAGACCAACUGCAAAGCAAGCCCAGCACUCGUCUGAAAAGGACACGGAGAGCAGGCUCUGUACAAGUUGCUCACAAAACAUUAAAAAAAAAAAAGCACUUUAAGGAGAGUGUCUUUGUUCUGGAAUGUUGGAUAAUAAAUACU